AUGAAGGGUGCUGCCAAAGUCUUUUAUCUGGCUGUCUUCGCCCUACUUGAUACCUCUCAUGCCGCAGACCCUAAGAGCCCCUCAAGAUCCAAACCAUCCGGUCCUGAUGUUUGCGCGAUAUCCCCAAAAGCAAUUGUCUCCGAUGCUUGUGCAUCUUACUCUACCCUCGAUGGUCUCAACCGGGAUCUCCGACCCUCCCUCAACGAGAUUACGCAGACAACCGACUUCUUCGCAUACUACCGAUUGAACUUAUUUGGAAAAGAAUGUCCCUUUUGGAGUGAUGAGAAUAGCAUGUGUGGCAAUAUUGCCUGCGCUGUAAAUACUUUAGACAACGAGGAGGACAUCCCGAGGAUAUGGAGAGCAGAAGAGCUAGGAAAGUUAGAAGGGCCCAAAGCCGACCACCCAUCGCGACGAGUGCAAAAGGAGAGAGGACCGAAUAAGCCACUGCAAGGAAUGCUAGGUGAUAAUGUUGGAGAGAGUUGCGUUGUAGAAUACGACGAUGAAUGCGAUGACCGAGAUUAUUGCGUCCCAGAUGACGAGGGAGCUGGUGGCAAAGGAGACUAUGUGAGCUUGGUGGAUAACCCAGAGAGGUUCACGGGUUAUGCAGGAGAAGGUGCUGGGCACGUUUGGGACGCAAUAUACCGAGAGAAUUGCUUUUCUAAAGCAUCAUUUCCAAAAUCAGCAUACCUUGGAAGUUCUACCUUCCCAAAGAAAGGCCCCGCCGCCAAUGAGCUACAAUCUGUCAUGCGGGAGCACGAAAGGCAGAUUCUCAACACUCCUUCAGCGACUGGCUUGGAGGAGGAAGACGAGUGUUUGGAAAAGAGGGUGUUCUAUCGCGUUGUUUCUGGCAUGCAUACUUCCAUCAGCACACAUCUUUGCUGGGAACAUCUGAAUCAGACUACCGGAGAAUGGGGGCCAAAUCUUCUGUGUUACAAACACAGACUCCAUCAGUUCCCUGAAAGAGUAUCCAAUCUCUACUUUAACUACGCCCUUGUGUUGCGAGCAGUUACGAAAUUGGGUCCGUUCUUGAAAGACUACACCUUCUGUUCCGGGGAUCCAGUCCAGGAUGCUGCGACCAAGGCCAAGGUUCAGGUAUUGACUUCCAAAGCUGCGGCAGCACCUCAAAUAUUCGACGAGAGCCUAAUGUUCGUCAACGGUGAGGGACCUAGCUUGAAAGAAGAUUUCCGAAACCGAUUCAGAAAUGUCAGCCGGAUUAUGGACUGUGUUGGCUGCGACAAGUGCAGACUCUGGGGCAAGUUACAAACUGCUGGUUACGGAGCUGCCUUGAAAGUUCUGUUUGAGUUUGAUAACGACUCCCAAGAUGUUCCAGUGCUACACAGGACUGAGCUUGUUGCUCUCUUCAACACACUAGCACGUAUCUCCAGUUCUCUCGAAGCGAUCCAUCAUUUCAGGACCAUGGUUGAGGCGGAGGAGACUGAAGCUGAGAGUGUUGGGCAUCACCACGUAAUGUCUGAUCGAGUUACAAAGCCUCGUCAUGUCGUACCUGGAAAAGAGUUUACAGGCUCAAUCGACGACGAUUUUGAUGAACAUGAAGAUGAACCGAAAGCCCGUAAACAUGAAGAAACAGUUGGCGAGAUCUUUUAUAAGGAGUUAGACUUGAUCUGGCGAGUGACGAAAUAUGUCAUCAGGGGUUGGAUCCGAUUCCCCAAGACUAUAUGGGAGAUCGUUGUCCUUGAGGCAGCGAGAGCCUGGGAGUACUACAUUGGGUUACCGGUUUCCCCAAGGAAAUGGGAGAUCAAGCGGCCGAAACUAGACGAGCUUUGA